AUGGACUUCUUCCAGAGAGUGUCCCAGCAGCUUUUCGAGCUGGAUAAUACCGACACUCAGCACGACCUUGUAAUUUUGGGUGAAACGUACGCUUCUGUAGACAAAACGGGAUCGCAACAAGAACAUGCACCGGUGACGGGCGUUUUUAGCCAGAUGUUUGCUAAGGAUAGAGGCUGGAACCCACAGCUCUUGGCUUGCGUGCGUAAUCUGCUGCAUUUCACGUACAGAACGAAAUUCGAGCCGAUUCCAAAGGACCCCAGCGGUCCAUCGCCCAUGAAUUUUGGAACCCUUUUUAAGGACAAUCCACUUAAUUCCAUUGAAAGUGCUAUAAACCAUCCCGAUUGUUUCUGCAGUGAUAUCGGGUGGGGCUGCAUGAUCAGAACCGGCCAAGCCCUUCUGGGGAACGCACUACAACGGUUAGGGAGUAAUGCAGACGAUGCAAAAACAAGUCGUGAAGCGAAAAUAAUCGGCUGGUUUGAAGACAGAUAUUCAGCUCCGUUUUCGCUCCAUAAUUUCGUCAAAGAGGGUGCAAAACUUUCCCGAAAGCCACCAGGAGAAUGGUUUGGACCCUCUGCCACUUCACGCAGCAUCCAAAGUCUCGUACUUGGAUUCCCAGAAUGCGGAAUAUCCGAAUGCGUAAUUUCCACUGAUUCUGCAGACGUUUACGAAGAAGAAAUAGAACCGAUUUUUGCCAAAACCCAGGAUGCAGUAGUUCUUUUGCUCUUGGGCGUCAAACUCGGUCUGGAUAAAGUUAACGCUCGUUACUGGGAUGAUAUACGGCAAAUUCUUGCAUCCAAACAAUCUGUGGGCAUCGCUGGCGGCCGCCCUUCUUCUUCGCUUUAUUUCUUUGGCUAUCAAGACGAAUAUCUAUUCUAUUUGGACCCACACACGUCACAACUGGAUCUGGCAUCUCUUGACUCAUCACAGGACAAGUUCAACUCUGUGCAUUCACAGCGUUUCAAUAAAGUUCACUUUUCAGAGCUUGAUCCCUCAAUGCUGAUCGGAGUUUUGCUGCAAGGUCGACGUGACUGGGAGACUUGGAAAAGUGAUGUUUCGCAAUCCCGAAUCAUCCAUGUUCUUCCUUCAAGACCUCAAAAUUAUUUCUACGAAGACGACGGCGUUGUCAGUGAGUCUGAAGAAGAGAAUGAGCAGAUAGGUGCACAAAACUCAACGCUAGGCGAUGAAUACGUCAAUGUCGUGGCGCCAUUGGAUCAGCCGGCUGACCAUACUGCUCGUGACGAUGAUUUUCAAGACGUUCAGUGCAGAAAUCAAAAUAUUCUUGUGGUCGGUGACGAGGACAGUACAACUCCCGAUACAGAGGUGGAACGUGUGCUAGUUGGAGAGGAGACUGUUUCUUUGAUAAUACCACCGGAAGCUCAGAAGCCUGCUGCAGCCACUGUUUUAUGA